CUUCCUCUUCCUGCUCUGCCUCAGCUUCUUCCUCUCCAACCAGAACAUGCGCAAUAGCCCGUCUUACAAUGGUGAAAUCUCGGUCGACUCUGCUUCAGCUUCUCCUUCCUGUGCUUCCUCCUCCCUGCAUGCUCUAAAGGGCGACGACGACGACGCCGAAAAAAGCGGUCCUCCGUCGCGGUUGUCUCUUGCCCCCUCCUUUUCUGCCGCCAACGUCACUCUUCGACGUGCCAAUUGCAAUGUGUUGCCUUACAAAACCGGCUCCAGCUUCAUCAAAUACACCAACGACAACACCAAUAACGACAACGACAACGACAACGACAACGAUAACGAUAACGAUAACGAUAACGAUAACGAAACCUGUAACGAAACCUAUAAUGAAAACAAUACCGAUGACAUUUCCUCUUUUGUUAGCAACAACAGCCUAUCUAGCUCCAACAUCUCAUCCUGCUCACUCUCAACCCUAUCAACCUCUCCCUCAAUUGCAGGUUCACCUCAUCUUUUGAAUGGCAACCCCACAGUUUCGCCCAUUAAUUCCAACAUCAACAAAUUGUUCAACUAUGAGUUCAAGAAAAAAUUGUCACUUUCGUCCACCAUUCUAGGUACUAACACUCAUCACCAGAAAACCACCUCAAAUAAUAAUCAAAUCAGAACAUACUCUUGUAGUUCUUCAGCUGUAUCCUAUUCUUCUAAUUCCACCAAAACAUCAUCUUCUAAUUCUACUUUGGGUUCUUCAACCUUUUUGAACUCUUUGAAUUCCUUGAAUCUUUUAAACUCUUUUAACUCUUCGUCUUCAAGCCAUUUAAAUUCACUUCCCAACUCAGGCUCCAAUUCACUUCCCGCCUCAAAUCAAAAAUCCUUAUUCAAAAAGGUUUUAUUAAAUUCAAAUAGGCAAAUCAAUCCCCCUUCUUUGCAUCUCAAUGAUAACUCUAAAUACAAUAAAAGAGUUUUACAAGCAGAAAUUGAUAUCAAUUCUAUCAUUGAAAAAUUGAUUUCAAUCAAUUUAUCAAAUCCAGCUUAUCAUUCUUAUUCCCAUUCCCAUUCCCAUUCUCACUCUCACUCUCACUCUCACUCUUAUUCCCAUCUAAAACCAAAUUUUACCUCCUUGAUCUCAAAAUCAGAAAUAUCUUACAUCUUGAAUUUAUCAAGAGAAAUCUUCAUUAACCAGCCAAUGCUAUUGCAAUUGUCUGCUCCCGUAAAGGUCGUUGGAGAUAUUCAUGGUCAAUUUAACGAUUUACUAAGAAUUUUCAAAUUAUGCGGUUUCCCCCCAAAUUCAAAUUAUUUAUUUUUAGGUGAUUAUGUUGAUAGAGGCAAACAAUCUUUAGAAACAAUCUUACUACUAUUGGCUUAUAAAAUUAAAUACCCAGAAAACUUUUUCUUACUAAGAGGUAAUCAUGAAUCUGCUAACAUUACCAGAAUUUAUGGCUUCUACGAUGAAUGUAAACGCCGAGUUGGUGUCAAAGUUUGGAAAAACUUUAUUGACGUAUUCAAUUGUUUACCAAUUGCUGCAACUAUCAAUAACAAAAUCUUCUGUAUUCAUGGAGGUUUAUCUCCAAAUUUAAAUAACUUGAAUGACAUUAAAAAGAUUUUAAGGCCAACUGACAUCCCAGAAAAUGGCCUACUAAGUGAUUUAUUAUGGUCUGAUCCUAAUCCGGCUUACUCUUCUUCUAAAUCUUUGAUUUUCAACAAUGAAAAAAACAGAAAUCAAGAAAUUAACAAAAUUCCUGAUUGGGCUCCAAAUGACAGAGGUAUUUCUUAUUUUUUCUCAAAGAGAGCCGUUGAUACUUUUCUAAACAAAUUUAACUUUGACUUAAUUGUUAGAGGUCAUAUGGUAGUUGAAGAUGGUUAUGAAUUUUUUCAUAAAAAGAAAUUGGUAACUAUCUUUUCGGCUCCAAACUAUUGUGGUGAAUUUCAAAAUUGGGGUGCUGUCAUGAAUGUAAAUAGUAACUUGGUUUGUGGCUUUGAAUUGUUAAAGGGGAGCUUGAAUUAUCAUAAUGGUGGUUCUGGUUUAAAUCUGCUGAUUAACAAAACCAUUUCAAAUCAUUCCUCAUCCUCUCAAAAAUCAAAAUCAAAAUCAAAAUCAAAACCUGCAAGUUCAUCCAUCUCUUCUUCGCAUCAAAAAAACAAAUCUUCUCUUUUGAAGUCUUACCCUUCAAGUUCUUACUCCCAUAGAUCUCGUCGCAAAUAAAUCUAAAUGCAAUUUUUUUUUUUUUUCUUCCAUUUUAUUGUAUUUUCCACUGAAUGGCACCCUAACUUAAUCUGUACAUUCUAUGUUUUUCUCUUAUCUUUCAUCUUGUUCUGUUACGUUCUGUUCUGUCUCACUCUAUUUUAUUCUAUUUUAUUCUAUUUUAUUCUCUUCUCUUCUCUUCUCUUCUCUUCUAUAUCUUGUCCAUUUUUUGUUAUUUUGAAUUUUAUUUACAAACUUGAAAAAUGGAAGUCAUCCAGCUUCACCUUUUGACUAGGUCAAUCCAGUUUUCAAUUUUUAGUUUCUAAUUUUCAGUUUUCAGUUUUUUUCAUCUUAUUUUUAUUAAAUAUAGUUCUGUAUACUGGUUAUAAUAAAU